AUGUCUGCUAAUGUGUUAAACACUAUAGUUGGUCUAGAUUCAUUCUUGUCAUACUUGAGUUUCUUAUUUGAAUCUGAUUGAACUAGUCUGCCUAAUUCCAUUAUUAAAGUCACCAAUUUUACUUCCUUUUCCUUAAUGAAACAGGAAAGGGGAACUUUCUAUGUAACCACACGGAUAAUACCUAAACAGGAAUCAACUUCAAAUUCUUGUCAGGCUAUUAGUGAGGAGGAAAUAUUUGCCAUACAAAAUGAGCGGUCACUUUUCCCAGUGGGAUGGAUACAUACACAUACUUCUCAGAGUUGUUUCAUGUCAUCAGUAGAUCUCCAUACUCAAUACUCGUAUCAGGUGAUGGUGCCAGAGGCUUUUGCCAUUGUUGUGGCUCCUACUGAUAAUUCAAGGAGUUAUGGGAUAUUCCGAAUAUCCGAUCCCAGUGGAAUGAGUGUCCUGAAAGAAUGCCAAGAGAAAGGAUCUCAAUUUCAUUCUCACAAAGAAACAGUAAAUGGGAGCCCCAUAUAUGAACACUGCACUCAUGUCUACACAAAUUCAAAUCUAAGGUUUGAGAUCUUUGACCGGCGCUGAAAUAUGAAAAUGUCCACAAUUAAAUGGCUGCAACCUGCAUGUCACAUAACAGAAUAUUGCUGAUAGGAAACGGUAUUUCUUUUGAUAAGCGAGCAUACUACUAGUCAUCGUAUGUAAUAAUGAUGAGGAUGCUCCUAUAUUGUGUUUUAAUAAAUUACAUUUUUACUUGUUAUGCGUGCAUUUAAUUUUGUUUA